AUGCUUCGAGGUGAAGAAGGGGGAUGGGUUGAGAUCAUGCCUGCUGUGAGCGCUGGUCCCGAAAGGAGCGAGAUGCUGCCAUUUCACGACAGGUUGACAGACGCAUUGCAAGGCGCGAAAGGCUUGGGAGUUGAAAGACAAUUCUGGGAUCGGGGAGAUAAGAAGCUUGUGGCAGUCGUAUGGCUUGGAGGUGCGCUUAGCGGUUGGCCAGGAGUUACGCAUGGAGGUUUGCUGGCUACUCUUAUGACCGAAAAGAUCGCGCUUGCUGCAAGCCUGGAAAGACACGGGGUGGACAAGAACUUCAACGCUGCUGUUAGACCGCAGAGGUUGCCAGGUGCGGGCAAUCAUGCUACGGUUCCAGCGCCCACAGUAGUGCCUCAAGAACCGGCACAGUUGAGUGUUGACUAUGUAAAGCCCACUUAUGCAGACAAUUUCCAUGUUGUAAGAGUGCAGCCGGCUUGGGCUACGGAAGACAAUGUGCGAUUCGGAAUUGCAGAUCAUGAGUACUUUGCUACGCUGGAGACGAUGGAUGGCAAGGUCUGCGUCAAAGCAACGGCCAAGUUUGGUCCUAGGAGCGAACUGGAGCGCGUGGAGGAGAAGGUCAAGGAGACAGUCGGGUGGAGCUACAAGGACUUCAAGAACUGGAUGUGGCCGAGUAGGCAAGAGCAAAGCCAGAUUGGGUGA